CACUUAUUGCCUUUCACUUUCAACUUAUUACUCAACUUUAGAUUCCUCUUUUUUCUAUUUCAGAUCUCCAACAAAUUAUUAUAUACUAUAUUUUUAAGUAUAUAACAUAGCGUAUUGAAUUAAUUUCGUUAUCGAUUUAAUAGAGAGACGAUCGAUCGAUCUUGUUGAUUUCCAAGUUUGUUGGAGAGAUGGAGCAGCAGUACUGUUCUAACAAACCUAGUUCCUCAUCAUCAUGUAAAGCAGCUGAUAGAAAAACAAUUGAGAAAAACAGAAGAAAUCAAAUGAAGGAUCUAUAUAUGAAGCUCAAUUCACUUGUGCAUCAUGAUCAACAUACUAAGGAAUUUUUGUCACUGCCUGAUCAACUUGAAGAAGCCGCGAAUUACAUAAAGAAACUGCAGAUAGAUUUGGAGAAAAUGCGACUCAAAAAAGAAACCUUAACAGCAUCUGCUGGUACUUUAAAUUCAAAUUCAAAUUCAAGCACUAACACUAAUGGGAGAACAUUGGAAAAUACAUUGCCAUUGCCACAUAUUGAAAUUCACAAUGUGAAUUCAGCUCUAGAAGUGCUUCUAAUUACUGGAUUAGAUUAUCACUUCAUGUUCAACCAUAUCAUACGUAUGCUUCAUGAAGACGGCGUUCAAAUUAUUAGUGCAAAUUAUACUCUCGUAGGUCACACCAUCUUCCAUUCCAUACAUUCUAAGGUGGGAGAAAGUGCAACGUCGUCUGCAGCAAAGAUUAUCUCAGAGAAAUUAAAGCAGUUUGUGGGUGCAGCUGCUACCUAGCAACCAACAAAAGUUAUAAACUUUUUCUAUAUUUUGGACACGUAAUAAAUUAUCUAGCUAGCUGUUUUUGUACUUGUUCAAGGUUUAUGAUUUUCUGCAUGAUGAUUGAAGUUCGAUUCUUGGGUUCUACUUAUUAAUCGAUUGAUCACUUCACAAGUUUAUAUUAUAACUUAUGGUACAAAUUAAUCUAUACAUUAUUGAGCUUG